AUGGCCGACCCCUUCGCUCCUCGCUCUAUGAAGCGUAAGAACGUCAAGGGUCUUGCGCUCACUCCCGCCGCACCGAAACCGACUCCCAGUUCGAACAACGACCAACAACAACAGUCUGGUUGGGGUGCUGGGGGCUCCAGGGCAGACGAUGGAAAUGAAGCGCAGCUCGAGAUUGGUAUCGAGUUCAACCUGGACAUCAAGCAAGAAGAUCUCGAGAUAAUGAAGGAACUUGGUUCGGGUAAUGGUGGAACUGUCAGCAAGAUCAAGCAUCUACCGACUGGCACAACUAUGGCUCGCAAGGUCAUCCACGUCGAGGCCAAGAAGGAAAUGCGGAAACGAAUCGUGCGCGAGCUCCAGAUUAUGCACGGCUGCCAUUCUGACUACAUUGUUACCUUCUACGGCGCAUUUUUAAACGAUCACAAUGAUGUCAUCAUGUGCAUGGAGUAUAUGGACGUCGGAUCCCUCGAUCGAGUCUCCCGCGUCUUCGGGCCCGUUCGAGUUGAUGUCCUCGGUAAGAUUGCCGAGGCGACGCUGGGUGGCUUGACAUAUCUGUACUCGAAGCACCACAUCAUGCAUCGUGACAUUAAGCCCUCCAACAUCCUGGUCAACUCCAGGGGGCAUAUCAAGCUAUGCGAUUUCGGUGUAUCUGGUGAGCUUAUCAACUCCAUUGCCGACACUUUCGUUGGAACUUCGACGUACAUGGCGCCAGAGCGAAUUCAAGGCGAGAGGUACACGGUCAAGUCGGAUGUCUGGAGUUUCGGCCUGAGUAUAAUGGAAAUGGCCAUCGGGAAGUUCCCUUUCGCCGCAAGCGAGCAGCUCUCUGAUGGGGAUGGCGCACCGGCUGGCAUUCUGGAUCUCCUUCAGCAAAUUGUCCACGAGCCAGCGCCAAAACUGCCGAAAAGUGAUGCGUUCCCGUCCAUUCUGGAAGACAUGAUCCAAAAGUGCCUGUCGAAGGUGCCGGACGAACGACCAACGCCUCAGGAGCUAUGGGACCGGGAUCCCUUCGUACAGGCAGCUAAGCGAACACCGGUGGAUCUGCGAGCAUGGGCCGUAGGAAUGAUGGAGAAGGACAACCGCAAAUCUCAUCUUGCGCCACAGCUCUCACCUUCUACCCAGGAUUUGCUUAGAUCGAGCGACUCGCCCACUCACCAAAACGAUGUGAACCCAGCUUUCACGCCCACUUCGGGGGAGAUUCCAAUUGCUGGAGCCAUUGCAUCGCCCCGCGACCAGGUUCACAUGCAAAAUCGAUCACCCACUCGGAACGGCAUCGGAAGCCAUGGGCGCGCUGCAGGAGCCCACGCUCAUCCAGGUUUGGGUCAGCGAUCGGCAACGGCAAGCUCCAUACCGAAAGCUGGAGGCUCUGAACUGAACCUACCGGCCAGUGCGAGUCAGGCGACAUUCACGCUACCAGUACGGCCCGCAGCGCCUGGUGGUCCAUUGCCUCCACCACCGCCAAGGAAAGGGACGCCAGAUGAAGCAAGAAGGGAGAAUCGGCGACAAGCAACUUAUGGCUACGCAUCGAAAUAA